UUUUCUGCCAGGAAAGCGCAAACUGCACUGAGUGAGGAGGUCAAAGAGUUUUGAAACACAGCGGAAGUGUUACCCCGUUAGGAGCAACGAGAGUGCGUGCUGACUUUAGCGGGGGACUCCGGUGUCAUUAUGUGGGCUCGGUUGAUGAUUGGGGUCGGGGGUUCGGGGCUCGGGCUGCGGGCUACCAGGGGCGGCUUGCUGCGGGUCGCUGGAGCUCGAUGUGCGGGGAGGAGGCAGCAGCAGCAGAGCCAGGCUGCCAGUACAGAGGCUGCCUUGAAGAAGACUCCACUAUUUGACUUCCACAGGGAGCAGGGGGGGAAGAUGGUGGAGUUUGCAGGCUGGAGUAUGCCCGUCCAGUAUAAAGACAGUCACAUCGCCUCUCACAUGCACACCAGAGAGCACUGCUCCAUCUUUGAUGUCAGCCACAUGCUGCAGACCAAAGUCCACGGCAAAGACAGGGUGAAGUUCAUGGAGUCUCUGGUGGUUGCCGACAUCGCAGAACUCAAGGACAACCAGGGCACGUUGACCCUCUUCACCAAUGAGAAAGGUGGGAUUAUUGAUGACCUCAUUGUGACAAAGACAGACCAGGGCUACCUCUACGUUGUCUCCAACGCUGGCUGUGCUGAAAAGGACUCCGCUCACAUGAAGGGCAGACUGGCAGAGUUCAAAUAUGCAGGUUUUGAUGUGGAUCUGGAGUUUCUUGAUUGCGCACUGAUUGCUGUGCAAGGUCCCACCAUGUCUCGUGUGCUUCAGGCGGGGUUGAAGGAGGACCUCAGUAAGCUAACUUUCAUGACCUCCACCCUGGCCACUGUGUUUGAGGUUCCUGACUGCAGAGUAACUCGAUGUGGAUACACCGGAGAGGACGGGGUGGAGAUCUCCGUCCCUCAGUCUAGAGUGGUGGAGCUGACGGAGAAGCUACUGACCAACAGUGAGGUGAAGCUGGCCGGGCUGGGAGCUAGGGACAGUCUGCGACUGGAGGCGGGGCUUUGUCUCUAUGGCAAUGACAUAGAUGAGACCACCACACCUGUGGAGGCCGCCCUUGUCUGGACCAUAGGAAAGCGCAGACGCCAGGCCAAAGAUUUCCCCGGUGCUGACAUCAUCGUACCUCAGAUCACAGCCAAGACUGCCAAGAAGAGAGUGGGCCUGGUGUCCACCGGCCCCCCAGUCCGGCAACACACGCCCAUUCUCAGCCCUGACGGAAAGGUCAUAGGCGAGGUGACCAGUGGCUGCCCCUCUCCCUGCCUGAAAAGGAACAUUGCCAUGGGUUAUGUGGACGCAGCGUUCACCAAGAAUGGAACAGGCAUUCAGGUCGAGGUCAGGAAAAAAGCAGUGCCAGCCACCGUCAGCAAGAUGCCCUUUGUGCCCACAAAGUACUAUUCUGGGUAGGAGAGACACAUGCGUGGCGAGUAUACGUGCUGCUGAGCAUUUCUUCAGAUGAUCCCAUAUUUACCAGUGCCGCCCCCUCAUGCCAUAAAACAGCAAUAUAAAAUUUACAGACCUUCACUGGUGAGC